UUUGUAUUAUUUGUAUAUUUUUCUCUCACCCCAUUUCCAUCUCUUCUAAUGUCUCUCAAGUACUCUCUUUCUCUUACUUAAUUAUUGUAAAGAUUGCAUCUUAAGCUGCAAGUGUUUAUCCUUUAUUGCUUAGCUUCAAUUGUUUAUGUUCGUUACUUGGGCUUUAUCAGAUUAUUUUAAGCUUUCAGAUAAAUAUCUAUCUUUUCUUUUUCUCAUUACUGUUGAGUUGGUAUCACUUCUCAGUGGCCUUUUUUUUUCUUUUUCUUUUUUUAAAUAAUUGGAUUCAUCAGUGUAAGAUUUAUAGACCCAUUUGGUUUCAUUGUCUUUUCUGGUUAUAAAGUUGGUGAAAGUUGAUCAAAUUCUCUGUCAAGAGAUAAGUAGAUGCGAGCCUUCAUUGAGUGACAGGUUUUAGAUUGAUUAGCAGAUUAGUCUUUCAAUGAGUAUAUUUGCCCGAUAGUCGGAAUAUUUAGAUCCUGAUAGAUUAAUCUUUGAAUCCUUGUUGAACAAUACAAUUGGUGACUUACCCUUUUCUUGUUGAAGAAUACAAAUAAUCUUUGAAUGGAUAUUAUAGGCAAAACAGUAGAGAAGUGUGGUGCUGGUAAUUGCUGUGCGUCAGCCUGUAAAUUUUCUGAGUUUUGAACUUGUUAAGAAGAGCUGGUGCUUUGAUUAGAAUUCUUUCUGAUUGAUGAUAUGGCCGAGUUAAAUGUGUUAUAUUAGUGCAUUUAAUCUCUCUUUUAGAUGAUCCUUCUAUCAUCUGGAGGGGAAUUGCAGAAGUUUCACAUCAAAUUACUUGAGCUGGUAGUUGCUGGUUAGAUUCAAACAAUGUCAGCUUAUGCCCAUCAAAUGGAGAGGGAGUACUCUGCUCAGAGUCUCUUAAGUAGAGGAGGUUCUGUGCAGAAAUGGGGAGCCAUUAUGUGGUAGAGUCAGGGUUCUACAUGACAUCCUUUGCUGCGAUAAUCUUCGUUGGUGCUCUUGUAACUGUUGGAGUUUUAUUCAUCACCUUGCUGAUUGCUUUGACAGUAAUGUUACAAUCCUGUGAGAGUAGAAGCAAAGGUAUUAUUGAGAUCCAAAUACCAAAUGAUGAUUACAAUUACUGCAAGACUUUCACUCUGCACGCAGAGCUCAACAACUUGGGACCAGAUGACUUCCCUCCCAUUUGCAGAAAUCUUGCUUUUCAUAGCAUUAAGGAAAGUCACUAUGAGAGAGAUCUUAAUAGUACUAUGUGGUUGGUGGAGAAGUACUUUGACAGUGUUGAGCCAUUAAAUGAUGGUCUAAACGUGGUAUUAAUGGACAUAGAUGACAUUCUUCCCUCAAAUCCUGAUUAUGCACAUCCACUAAUGCACCAAUUAGAUCAGUAUGGUUGUAGGGGUUGUUUUGAAGAAGCAAAACACUUGAAACAAAGACUUCUGCUCAGUUUAUAUAUAGAACUUCAAGCUAGGGGUUGGUCUUUGAUUUUGUUAUCAAGAAAGCCGGAGAGAUUGCGGAAUGCCACUACAGAGCACCUUACUUUGGCAGGAUACAGAGGUUGGUCUUCAGUCAUUAUGAGAUUGGAUGAUGAAAUGGGAAUGGACAGUCAUAAAUACUUUCUGAAACGAAGGAUGAUGAUACAGAGAGAGGGCUUCCGCAUCACUGGCAUAAUUAGCAGUCAGAUGGAUGCUUUAAUAGGUCCAUCAUUGCCAGGACAACACAUUUUUAAGUUUCCAAACCCAAUUUAUUAUUGUUGUGGUUCAUCCCAAAGAGAUCAUGAGUGAGCUGAAAUAGAUCAUGUUCCAUGGUGCCCCCUCAAUUUGUCAUUCAUGUAUUAAUAGUUUUAAGGUUCCUCGAUUGUUUAUUUGGCUCUUUUUUAGCAGAACAACCAGUAUUCUGCUUGAUUUUUCUGUUGUAUAUAAAACCAAAGUUGUUGAUAUCAUUGAUUUGAUCGAGUUCAUCAAAUUAUUUUACAAUGCAA